AUGGAUUUAGUGCUUGAGUUUUUCGACUCCUAUGGACUGGACUACGUGUAUUCGCGUACUUUGCCUGCGCAGCUGGCGUCCAAGUUCCCCGCGCAGUGGCAGUCUGCCCUGUCGCUAAACCAAGGCCUUGGCAACCUCACCACCGUGGGGACCUCAAACGGCGAUGUGUACGGUUACGCGCCAUAUUUGUUCAAAAUGAGCGACUACACCUUUCAGUCGCUGCUGCCUAGAUACAACGUCCUGAGACAGUUUCUGUCUCUGACAGUGAUUACCACUAUUUUCGGGUGGCUGUUGUACUUUUCCGUCGCCACCUUCUCUUACGUAUUCAUCUUUGACAAGGCUGUGUUCAACCACCCCAGAUAUCUAAAGAACCAGAUGUCGUUGGAAAUCAAGCAAGCUAUGUCCGCCAUCCCUUUCAUGGUGCUGCUAACUGUGCCAUGGUUUUUGUUGGAACUGCACGGCCACUCCAAGCUCUACAUGACAGUCGACACCCAGAACCACGGCAUCCGUCAGUUGUUGCUGGAGUACGUGUACUUCCUGAUGUUCACUGACUGCGGUAUUUACUUGCUGCACAGAUGGCUGCACUGGCCUCGUGUCUACAAGGCGCUUCACAAGCCUCACCACAAGUGGCUCGUUACCACACCUUACGCUUCCCACGCUUUCCACCCUGUCGACGGCUACUUCCAGUCCUUGCCAUACCACGUUUACCCAAUGUUGUUCCCUCUCAACAAGGUUUCAUACCUGAUCCUUUUCACUUUUGUGAACUUCUGGACUGUAAUGAUUCACGACGGUGAGUACCUCGCUAACGACCCAGUGGUCAAUGGUGCCGCUUGCCACACCGUUCACCAUCUCUACUUCAACUACAACUACGGCCAGUUCACCACUCUGUGGGACAGACUAGGUGGUUCUUACAGAGAGCCUGACAGAGAGUUGUUCAACAAAUCUCUAAAGAAGAGUACCAAGACUUGGGAGGAACAGAUCAAGAAGAUGGAAGUCAUCAAGAAGCAGGUUGAGGGUGAGGAUGAUGGCUACAGAGUAUACGGUACGGAGGAAAAGUUCAAGAAGAUGAACUGA